GAUCAUGUUGCAACAAUGAUCAACAUAUUUGGAAAGCUGUACACAUUUCUGCGUCGACCACCUAGUCCAACAGGGGAGUCUUCUGCGGAGGGUCUGAACUAUGGCGACGGUAACCCUGACAGUGGUACCCCUGACAACCAUGAAUCACAAGGUGCUUCAAACCAUGGGGAUGCAAGUAACAAGAUGGAAAAGGAAUCUCAGGUGUUGCCUAGCUCACCCGGGUCAGAUGUUGAUAGAGGCCACAUAGGGUCUGGGACAGAUCUCGGCCUGAAGUCCACUAAACCUGUGUUGGAGAAGGUGAUGAAUGAUUCCACAGCCAGCGGGGACUGGGAACAUAUUCAAGAUUCAAAUGUGGCCAUAAUUAACCCUAAUACUGAAGUUGACCACAACGAUCAGAACAUAAUUAUCCAUUCAACAGAUGUGAAUGAUGCCAACAAAAACAACAGUGCAGUUGAUAUGGACUCAGCAACAGUAACACCUAGAGAUGAACCGUCCGCUGAAGAGCCACAAAUACAAUUAUCAAAUGAGCCUGACAAACUAUCUUCUAAUGAGCCUAAAGAAUCAUUUUCCAAUGAGUCUGUAAAACCAUCUUCCAAUGAGUCUGAGAAAUUUUCUUCAAAUAAGCCUGAAAACCCAUCUGAAGGGCUUAAAAACAUUUCAAAUGACUCAGAAAUGUCAUCAGUCAAAGAUGGACAGAAGUUAGCUGCAGAAAAAGAUGGUGGAGAGAAGUCAGCUGCAGAAAAAGAUGGUGGAGAGAAGUCAGCUGCAGAAAGAGAUGGUGAAGAGAAGUCAGCUGCAGAAAGAGAUGCUGAGGAGAAGUCAGCUCAAGCUCAGUCUGGUGGUGAUACUGAAGCAAAGAAGAAAUCUCCAGAUGGACACAGGAAUAAGGAGCAUGAUCAAGAUAAAAAAGAAUGGAAAGACAAGACCUGUAAAUACUUCCAGAAGGGUCUGAAAUGUUGGAGGAAAGACAAAUGUAAAUUUGCACACAUCAGAGAGGGGGCUCCAAGAGCAGUCUCCUCUGAUGAUUCCCCUCCCCAACACCAGUCAACAGAGCCCAAACAGCAAUCCACCAAUGCGCCCGUUGAGGGAGAUUACCCGAGCUAUCUGGAGUAUGUGUGCGCCAUGACCCUUCACUCCAGCCAGAUUAACCCCAAAGAUCUGCUCUACAAGCUGGGUUACCUGAAGGGAGUUGACACCAAUAUUGUCGGAGAUGCAGUGAUUGGCCAGUACAAGCUGGCACGGAACAGGCAGCAUUGGUUCUGGAUAGACAAGGCACGCUACUUUGCUGGGCUGUUUUUUGACCCGAUGUGGAUUGAUGAAAAUCUGCCUAAGAAAAACCAGAAACAAAGAGGCCAGAGGCAGAAGAAGACCAAGGAGAAUAAAAAUGAUAGGUAUGAGGUUGGUGGUGGUUUGUGUCAGGACUUCCGGCUGAAAGAGAAUCCCAACAUAGAGAAGAUAGUGACAACCGCCGGAGGAGACGGUGCUGAGAAGGCUCCUCCACUUCCCAGCCCCAUUGGACAGAGCAAGGGGGCAGGGGAACCCAUACCAAGCGUAGGGGCCUCCCAGCCUGUUGCAGAUAGCCUGGAUACAUUUACUGAACAGGUGAUCCAGCAGGCCAUGCAGAUGGCAAUAAGUGAAGGUCUAUCUGAGUCACUCAUUAUGGAGGUGAUAGACGAUGUCACGGCACAAACUAAUUCCACAGCAACCCCACUUAAGCCCCGCUUUCAGCCCACCAAAGUUGACCUAUCCCGCACUCCGAGAUCCCGCCCGGACCAGCUGGCCAUUGGCUUCAACUACCACAGUGAUGUUGUAGUGAAAGAGUCACCACGCACAGUAGGAGGGCAGAUAAUUGUGCUAGAUAAUCUUCGCCAACCACGUGAACAACAGGAACAGCUUGCCAUAGGCUUUAGCUUCCAUGCUGACCAGUUGGUGAAGGAUUCGCCCAGGACAGAAAAGGGGGAGGUGCUUAUUCCCGGUGUGGUGACCACCCCACGCAGAAAAACACGUGACCAGCUUGCCGUCGGCUUUGGCUAUCAUUCUAAUCUCAUUGCCAAGGACACUGAUGUUGUUGAGGCAGAUAAAGAGAAUAAUGGUAUUGAAAAUAAUAUGUCAGCGUCAAAGAAUAAGGCCUUCGAAAAGCAAGCCGGUAAAAGUGAUGAAAGUGACAUGGUCAUGAAAGAGCAUAACCAAAGUUGUAUAGAGGAACAGAAAGUGAAAAGCAAGAAGUUGUUCCAAGACACCUUUGCUAUUGGGUUCAGUCACGGUUCGUCACAAAUACUGAAGCAAUCACUUGAUGGGAACAUUGACUCUGAGUUUGUAACUGGCUUAAUUGAAGACGCUGUUAAGGACGAAGGCAGAAAUAUGUCCGAAAUGGCCACCGAAGAGACAGUGCCCAUAGAAACUGAUGGUAGCGCUAUAGUCCCCACCGGUCUGCCAGCUGGCAGUGUGUGGUGAAUGUUGACAAUGAAAUAUGGACGUGAAUUUUUUUUUUUUUUCUUUACUUUUGUUUCAACUGUUUGUUUUUGAAGAUACGAAGACUUGUUUUUUAUGUUAAUUUAUGUAUUAUAUCUUAUAUUUAUUUAGGGAAUUGAAAUACAAUCGAUCCCUCUGUACUCAAGCAGAGUACAUUACCGUAAAUGCCACAUGUGUUCUCCUGUACAUAUCACAUUGUUGUCACUUUUUGUAUAAAUUACAGUGCAUUUAUAGGCAGAAACCAUUACAGUGCAUUUAUAGGCAUAAAUCAUAACAGUGCAUUGUGGGAUUGUGUUUUAAACUGGUUUACUUUACAGUUUUCAAACGGUAUGAAGUGUAUAUCAGGGAUUUUGUUAAAUUUGUGUUUUCCAGUCUAAUAUAUUCAUUGAUGUGCCAUGUAUUUCUCUAAAGGUGAAGUUUACUCUUACUUAAUGAUGAAUGUUUCUGAAGAAUCUUUUAUCUAAUAUCACAUAACAUUUUUUUUUCAUCUUAUUGCCAAAAAAAUCUGAUGCAGGCUGAAAUUAAAAAGAAUAUAAAUAUCUAGCCAGAAGAUAUUAUUUAUGUUGAAAGUUCUAGGACGUUGUGACAGUGGUCAACAGUGGUCGAAAUAAUUCCAAGCCCUGCAUUUUUUAAAUGCCAACUAGGCUUGUCCAUAUUCGGAAGUUUAUAUAGCAGGGAUUGUAACAAUUUUGAUGCCAAGUACAAGUGUAUGAAUUUAGGCUUGUCCAUCCAAAUGUUGAAUGUCAAAAAUUGGACUAAGCUGAAUAUGUCCUCGCAUCCAGUGAUGCUUGCUCUUCUCCGUAUUUUAUGUCAAGUGAAACUUGAUGCUGUGUCAUCAAUGUUGAAUCAUGUGCUAUUGUUGCGAUGAUUGUUUAGAAGUGUUUAGAAGUUAGACUGAUUUCAUGUUUUAUUUGUGUUUUCCCUUGUGCUUGUCCAUGUGAAUUUCAACUUUAUCUCCAUUUUUUUUACAGCGUUAUUCAAUCUUGCAUCUUUUCCAUACCAUCAUUGAAAUAAUAAUCAUUGUUACUAGUCAAAGAAAUUGCAUAUUGAAGAUAUAUUUACACUAGAUGACAUGCUUCUAAGAUCUUAUUAAAUCAAAUUUUGCUUAGGCCCAAAAAAAUAUGUUUGGUUUCGGUUAGCUUACCGUACCUACGAAAUAGGCGCUGACCUUACUGUUUUUAUAGUCAGUUGGUAAAUUAAAAGAAAAGAAGUGUGUUUUAAUAUGUAGUUUAAAACCUUUUAAGUUUUUUACAGAAGAUUACUUUAACACCAUUAUUCAAUGAUGACAAUAACGUUCCAACAAAAAACCUUAUAAAAAAAGAACAAAGCUUUCAUAGCUUUCCUUCCCUACCUUUUUUGUGUUUGAUAAGGAUGUAACCCUUACAAGACCAUGGAUUUUUUUCAUGUAAGCUCUCUUAUGUUAAAUAGUUCUUAAUUGAUAAGUGACAUUGCCCUUGUCUUACAGAAAUUUUGGCCCUUAAUUUGUCAAAAAUUGACCAAAUUUCUAUAUAAUAACAGUGUUUAUCCAAUCUUAACCAAUCUUGAUUAUAAUGUUUAUAUCUUCGAUGAGAUUGAUAAUCAGCAACAUAACUAAAGUCACUCUUGACAAAAUGUGAAUUCAUCUAAUAUAUUAAGUACCUUCAGCAAAUGAUCAGUUUGGGUCAACUUUUUUCUUUCCUGAGUAAAACUAGAAUCUUUGAGCUAUGUUAUUAUUCUUAAAGGUGCUAGACACCAGAUGAUACCAUUACAAGAAAAAAACAUAAUUAUCUAAAACUAACAUAAAAUUGAUAUUGUUGUGUACAAGCAUUGAAUCUUACUAACAUAUCUCAUCAUUUACGGCAAAAAUAUCUUUCACAGUUUUUGCGCAUUUUUUCAAUUAAAAAUUUACUGGGGUUGUCUAACACAUAAAUUCCAGUAAGUUUAAAAAAGCGUGGGUAUAUGUAUUUUUCGUAUGCUUAAUAUGCACACUAUAAACUGGAAAACCAUUAUGCACUAUUUUAAAUGGGUAAACUUGGCUGAGGCAGCAACGCAAUACUCUUUUAAUCAGGUUAAAUAAUGUAUUAUCUGCCUCAGACUAGUUUGUAUUCAUAAUUCUAGGCUUGUUUUGAGAAAAUACUGUAUUUGUCAAUUUUGGGACCAUCGGUUGUCUAGUAUCUUUAAAACUAGAAUCUUUGAGCUGUGUUACGAUCUGUUUAGGUAGAAUAUCUCUCGUAUUUUGCUGAUCAGUCUGAUUAUCCCAAGACUUGCAAAGAACUGCUUUUUUGUGUGCAAAAUAAGCUUUGACCCUCAAGUUUAUUGUUUUCAUCAUACUUUACUGAAAUCAAUCACAAAGUAUUUAGGUAUUCCAGUUAUUAUUAUAUCUCCAAUGUUUGUAUAUAAAAUGUUUUCAUUUAGAUAUUAGCUAAGUUGCAGUUCUGGGUCUGAACAGGAAUCUUGUAUAAUGAGAAACUUUGAAGUGUCAUCUAGGGUAUAAUAUCUAUCUUUUGAAAUGUUUGUUCACUGUUUUCAUUCUAUGCAGUGACUAUUAAAUCUAAAAAUUA